AUGGAUGCGGAAAGAUUAGUAGCCACUGAAGUGCAGAGUACAUUUUCUGCACCGAAGAAUUUCUUUGUUUCUCUUCGUGCUGUACCUUCGCGGCAGGUAAGUGAACUGUCAAAGAGUCCAUCACUGCCCACGUUAACGUGUGGGGAAGAUGCUGCUAUAACGAUAAAUCCAUCGGUUCCGGGGAUUUCUCGUCGCUUCACCGUUUCAGCAUCGAGUCUGAAUGAUGAAAAUCCCCGAGAUAUUGCGCGAAUUCGGUCUCGAUUUAAGGUUGAGCGGGUUGGAUCACUGACUCAGAAAGCGAAAAAAACGAAAUCGCAUGACUGCAUGACCGUGACACGAUCAUUAAGUGAAAGCUCUGCGAAUGUUGUACAGGAGCCUGGAUUUUUAUCCGAGGCAGUGCUAGUUGUAAAAGAAGACAAGCAUGUAGUGAAUGCUCCGUCCGCACAAGAGUCAGUUGUGCCAAAAGGAGUAUUGGACAUUUCGAAGGAUAUGGGGUCAGUAGGUGUUGAAAAGGACGGCCAGAAAUUUCGAUUUCGGGAUGCUGCUGUUCGGAUUCAAGACCAUCGUGAAAAACUUCAGAUCUCUCAGGCCUCUCAAAACCAUCGAAUCAGGCAAGAUAACUCAGUGGCUGAAGAUGCAGGAAAAAUUGUUGAUAGUGUUGCAGUAUUGGGGAAUACAGGAGACGAUUUCGACUCUUGUCCUAAUUAUGGCGAAUCUGGUGCCUUUACUGACCCUACAACAUGUUUACUGCCAUAUAAUCAUUCAUCUUCAGUUGGUGUAAGGAGCCAUACAGAGGUAGCAGAUUCGCUGAUGAAAGAAUUUGAUUUGAAGCGGGAUGAAAGUUGUGCUGUUGGUGAAGGUGCUUCAAGCAACAUAUGGACAAAAGGGCAAAUUGCUUUUACCGGGUUAUCCGUGAGGACGGAAGAGGAGGGGGCAACAGAAUUGGAAAUUAUCAGUGAAGCAAAUUCAGCUACUCUUAAUCGUGAGCAGCAGCGACAGGAAGUAGUCGUUGAAGAUGUAGCGCGGGAAGUGGUGCGCGAUAUAAUUAACUACGUUGCUUACGAGGUGGAAAAGAGCAGUAAUACUUGCAGUUGCAAAAUGGUCUUACUUGGUACUUCAGUUGCCAGUGUUACCUGCUCUCCUGUAUGCUCCACAACUUCUUCGCUUCCUAGGAGUUCAUCAAACAUUGCGCUAAGUUCAUCAGAAGUUUUGGAAACAGACGAAGAAGCUGUGCAUAGCGUUGUGCGCAGUCUAGUACGAGACGUAUUGUUGCGUGAGAAGGAAGCACUGAGGCGAAGUUUGAGGAAGAAGCGAGAACGUAUGGUUUUGUUGCCUCGUGUGAAUCGCCAAUCAACUGGGUGA